AGUUGCUCUGGAGCAUUCGCUGUGAAACGUUGAAAUAAUUGGAAAAUUAAAAAAAUCUUAUAACGGAAUAUAAUUUGCAAUAGUUACAAUGCAUUUGUAUAGGUUAUAUAAUAAUUAUAGUUGGGUAAUAUGCAUUUUAACAGUGCUUUUCGUUCAACUCACCGCCGCCAACAAAUACAAUGUGUCCUUGGCGCAAAUGGAUACGUGCAAGGAAUUUCGUAUAGUCAACAGCGGAUAUGCCUACACGCAAUUCUUUCACAUACACAAAUUGGUCAACAACAAAUUGAACUCCAAUGAGCGGUUGCAUUUGAAAUUCUAUGUGCUUGCACCGAUGGAUGCACACAUCCUGUUAUCGACCAACGAUAGGCCGCUCUCCAGGGACCGUGUUUAUGAAGUGGUGAUUGGCGCCGGCCAGAAUUCCUUCUCCUCUAUACGUAGUCGCAUGGCCUCACUGCGCGUCUCCACAAGUACGGUGCCAAACAUUUUGACGAUGUACGAUCCGACGCCCAUCGAAAUCAUACAAACGAAGGAUGGCACACUUUCCGUUGACAUUCCGGGUUUUCAGAAGACCCCGCUUUUGAAUUACACUGAUCCCGCGCCACUUGAAAUUAACUAUCUGAGCUUCAGUAGUUUUGGCUCGACUCCGGCGAAAUGGUACUACGACUGUCAAUUCGAUGGCUUCGCUGAAGAAAUGGAGGAGGAAGUACAUGAGCUCGACCCUUUUCACUCCAUUCUAGCAAAUUUGACAAAGAAUUUCGCGAACGAGUCGGUGCCCAUGGAUCUCGAGUCGAUCAAUUACGCAUUCCAACUGAAAUCGGUCGUUUAUAAUCAUGAAAAGUCUAUUAUACACACACGCUUGCACUUAACGUUGUAUUGGCAAGAUCCCAGACUUGGGUGGAAUGCGGAUGCGUUUGGUGUUGCCGCUAUAAGUUUCGGCUACAAAGAUGCAUCGAAAAUUCUAUGGAUACCAGAUUUAAUAGUUAUCAACGCCGCCCACGGGAGCAACACCCAACGUGAACCCGAUAUCAGUUUUAUACUCUAUGCCAAUGGCAACGUUACCAUGAUCAUCGCUAACGCAGAAUACGGGACUUGGUGCGUGGAUACGAAACGGAACUGGCCGCAUGAACGACUUAAUUGUGAACUUAUAUUGGGCAUAGAAUCAUUUUCACCCCGCACACGCGAGCCGAUCAUCCUAGAAUGCGACAAUAGCAAGCCAUUGUCUGUGGAACUGUACAACAUGCUAAGCGAGUGGCAUUUCAAACAAAUAAGUAUAUGGCAGAUUGUCAAUGAAGCAAACAAUACGAGCCGUUAUAAUAAACAAGCUAUUGCCCAAUCCAUGAGCGGCGACAUAUCGUUUGAUUUUAUAAUCGAAAGGAAUGGCGCGUUUUACCGGAACGUUUACACGAUGCCAAUUUUGGCCUGUGAGACGUUGCUGGUUUUGUCUUUCUUGCUGCGCGGCUAUCGACGCGGUGGUCUAAUAUUGGUGGUGUUCCUCGUCAUCUCCAUGGGUGUGAUGUUCGUCACGAAGCAUGCACCCAUCACCUAUAUACCUAACAUAUUGCAUGCUUAUCGGCAUGUUAUGCGAACCUCUGCCUUCUGUUAUUUGUUGCAUGUGGCUUUAAUCUGGCUGGAGCUCUAUCCACCCAAGGCGAAACCGUUUGACUGGUUGAUGUCUUUGAUAAAUGUGUCGGCUGUGCGGUUGUUGCUUUGUAUGCGCUUGGCUCAUAGCGAUCAAUUUGUGAGUAUUCAGACACAUCCUUGGCGCGAGUUGGCUAAGAUGAUCAACAACUGCUGUUUCAUCGUCGUCAGCACUUUGUUUAUAAUUGUCGACAUUCUGCUUUUACGGCAGUCCUAAAGUCCUUUGUUUUUCACUUAGAAACGGAUGCUAUACAUUUGACUAAUUUUUUCGUAUAUUACAAUUAUUUGAUUGUAUUUGUUAAUAAAAAUCCCAUAAAUUAUAUUUUUAAUAAAAAGUUCACUUAGCA